AAGGGAGUCUGCGUUUGUGCAUAGUAUACUUGCAGCAGGCAUGGUGCACGCAGUUACGCGAUCAUGCUCACGUGGUGAUCUGCUGACAUGUGGGUGCGAUGGACGUCACCGUGGACCUCGAAACCACAAUUAUGACAUCACUCCUAAUGAAACAUGGAAGUGGGGUGGAUGCAGUGAAGAUGUCAUGAGCGGAGUAAAAUUUAGCAGAAGUUUUUUAAACCCAGGAGAAGACAACAGAAACGCACGAUCAGCGAUGAAUCGACACAAUAAUGAAGCAGGCCGUCAGGCUGUCAUAAAUUCCGUAGAGCUCGCUUGUAAAUGUCAUGGGAUAUCGGGAACAUGUGAAUUUAAAACAUGUUGGUGGCAACAAACUUCGUUUCGCAAACUUGGUGACAAUCUCAAAGUUCGCUACGACAGCGCCAAGGAGAUGGUGGUCAUUCCACAGGUGACAACACGCGGCAGCGAAUAUUCACUCAAACCAAAGUACAAAAUGUUCAAGAAACCAACAAAAAGUGACUUAGUUUACUACGAAACAUCUCCAACCUACUGCGAUUAUGAUCCAGACAAUGGAUCGUUUGGCACAACAGGACGAGUGUGCAACGCGUCAUCGCACGCUAUUGACGGUUGUGAAUUAAUGUGUUGUCAACGCGGGUACAGGACGCAGCGGGUGGAGAGAAUUGAACGUUGCGAUUGCCAAUUCAUAUGGUGUUGUGAGGUCGUCUGCAAGCAGUGCAAACGGGAAUAUGACGUUCACACGUGUAAAUAAUGAUUUGUAAUACAAAAUUAAUAGUAGUACCGUAAAACCUAUAAAUAAUAAGUGAAGCCGUGUCGCGCCCACGACAAUCGCUUGUUAGGAAGCUCAACUGAGCCAUAGGUAUGAGUCGCAGAACAUGACAACCGUCCACUUCAACAAACCAAACAAGUGGUUCUGAAGGAAGAAAUUGCACUUUCAAUAUGGCCUACUCUAUUAUAGCAUAGAUCUUAUGCAGCAACUCCUGUGAUAUAAUUCACAUUGUCAGGGUAAAUUAUUACAACCAAGACAAUUAAAUAAAAUUAAAUUACGUUUAAUUGCCUUGAUACAACGUAUUUACAUAUUUGCGUUUUAUUUUUAGAAAGUAUGCAAUAUUUUAAACGCAACUAUGAAAUAUAAAAGUGCUUUGCGAAUGAUAUUGUGUAAGCUUACAUUAUGUGCGUACUGUAUUUAUUAUCAGAAAUAAACAAAAACAAUAGCAAAUGCACGAAUAUGGAAGCUAGGUUGAGUUUAAUCAGACUCAUUAUUCAGUUAUUCGUAUUUAUAUAAAUAUACAUAUAAAUAAUGUAAAUAACUAAACUUCUUUCAUCUUGAAGAAAUAUAUGAUAUUGUGUAUAAUACUAUUUAUAUUUAUUGCAGUUGGUACUAAAUUGCAGAUUAGAUUAUUUGAAAUGGAUUUACGUAAGUCUAGUUUUAUAGUUGAUUUUAUUCAAUUGUUUCGAAAUUCCUAUUAUUUCAAAGAAAUAAAACGGAAAUCUUGUAGAGAAAAUUAAGAAUUGUCUGAUAUUGUAUUAUUAUGACGUCACACGUCAUAUUUGAAAGAUUUAUUUGAAUGCCAGUAUCGUUACAAAUUAAGCAUUUGAAAUGGUCUUCUUGCCGUUGUAUUUUAGUCGUCUCAUGUUUUAAACUAAUCACUAAUCACAUUUUUUUAGUGUUUAAAUUUAGAUUGAAUCUUUUGCUUGGCUGGUAUUCAGAGCGCGUAGCAUCUAUUUCAGAGGAGCAGCAUAGAUCAGUUGGUUAAACUUUUGGUACUGUGGUAUUCUGGGGAAGACACGUUAAAAAGUAUUUGGUUCCGUGUACAAUAUAGCUCCUGUACGUAGUAUAACCAAAAAGAGAAAGAAAAUGUCUUAUUGAUCAGAUACCGUAAUACUUACAGUAAUAAAAGUUAUUUAAGAUGAUUUUUCUGUCGGUGAUGAAAGAUAAAAAAUACGGUACAUUGAGGCAUGCCGAUAGGGGAUUAAACUCGCAAAAAAAAAAAAAAAAAAAAAAAAAAAAAAAAAAAAACCGCUUUAA